CCCUCUCUCUCUUUCUCUCUGCGUGUCUUUUCCUGUGUGUAUAUGUAGCUUAAAGUGUAUGCCUUGAUAUGUAUGCGGAUGUGUGUGUGUCUGAAUUAAUUGAUUGGAUCUGGGUUUUCAUUGGUGCAGAUCGGUGAAUUGGAGGCGUGGAGUUGGGGUUGAGUGGGGGCUAGGGUUUCUGAUAAAUUGUGGGCGAUAGGGUUUUCACGAGGUCUGAGUUCUGGAGAUUUUAGGGAUUUUUCGAGGCGAGGAAGAAUUGGGGGACUUUCUAGGGUUUUUGCUUAGAAAUUGGGGAAUUGAUGGUUCAGGGUGAGUGGGUAAGAGUAGGCAGUGGAGAAAAAAUUGGGGAAAAUGCGAGGGAAUUUUUAUUAUGCAUGGGAGGGAGCUGCGGGGAGGUGAGUUUUGUGAACGGAGGAGGUUCGGUCAGCACAUGCCGGCGACGACAACCAGGACAGUAGUCGCCGGUGAUUCCUGUCUUACUUCUGUUACUGCUGAUUCUUUCUGCAAGGAUGGCCGCAAAAUUAGUGUUGGUGAUUGUGCUCUUUUCAAGCCGCCACAUGAUUCCCCACCUUUCAUUGGAAUAAUUCGUCGGUUGACAUCAAGAAACGAUAAUAUCUUGGAUUUGAGUGUUAAUUGGCUUUAUCGACCGGCUGAAUUGAAGCUUGGCAAAGGCAUACUGCCUGAAGCUGCGCCAAACGAAAUUUUCUAUUCUUUUCAUAGGGAUGAGAUUCCUGCUGCAUCCUUACUCCAUCCGUGUAAAGUUGCCUUCCUUCCUAAAGUUGUUGAACUUCCAACAGGGAUAUCUUCAUUUGUUUGCCGGCGAGUUUAUGACAUUGACAACAAGUGUUUAUGGUGGCUAACUGAUCAAGAUUAUAUUAAUGAGCGACAAGAAGAAGUAGAUCAACUGUUACAAAAGACUCGACAGGAGAUGCAUGCAUCGUUACAGCCUGGUGGCCGUUCUCCAAAACCAACCAGUGUUCCAAUGUCCACAUCACAUUCAAAGCCUGGGUCAGAUAAUAUGCAAAAUAGUGUAACAUCAUUUUCUUCACAAGUUAAGGGAAAGAGAAGAGACAGGGGAGAUCAGGGUCCUGACCAGGUUAAACGAGAACGCUCUAUAAAAUUAGAAGAUAGUGAUUCUGGUCUGUACAAGACAGAAGGUGUGUUAAAAUCUGAAAUUUCAAAAAUAACAGAGAGAGGAGGGCUUGUAGAUUUUGAGGGAGUUGAGAAACUUGUUCAACUUAUGCAACCUGAUAGAGUGGAGAGAAAAAUGGAUUUGAUAAGUCGAUCCUUACUUGCUGGUGUGGUAGCUGCCACAGAUAAGUUUGACUGUCUUAACCGAUUUGUGCAGCUAAGGGGUUUGCUUGUAUUGGAUGAGUGGCUUCAAGAUGUUCAUAAAGGAAGAGUUGGUGAUGGUAAUCCAAAGGAUGGUGAUAAAUAUGCGGAGGAAUUUCUUCUAGUUUUGCUUCGUGCACUUGAUAAGCUUCCUGUGAAUCUUCAAGCACUGCAAAUGUGCAACAUUGGAAAGUCUGUUAAUCAUUUGCGCUCACAUAAAAAUAUGGACAUCCAAAAAAAAGCACGGAGUUUAGUUGACACUUGGAAGAAACGUGUUGAGGCUGAAAUGAAUAUGAUUGAUUCUAAGUCUGGGUCUACUCAAGCUGUUGCAUGGCCUUCUAAGUCUCGCCUUCCUGAGGCUUCUCAUAGUGGGAACAAAAAUCCCAGUGGGUCCAAUGAUGGCACUACAAAGAGCUCUGUUCCACUGGUUUCCGCAUCAAAAACUGGUUCAAUAAAGCCUUUGCAAGGGGAAUCUUUUCUGAAGUCUGCAUCAUCAUCUCCCGGACCAUUGAGAUCUGCUUCAUCACCUGCACCCGGAAAAGAUAGUCAGACCAGACUUUCAAUUUCUGGUGCGUCUGAGGUUCCACUAAUAAGGGAGGAUAAGAGCAGCAGUCCUAAUCAGUCUCAUAAUCAUGGUCAAUCUCUCUCAGUAAAAGAAGAUGCAAGGAGUUAUACUGCAGUGUCAACAAGUAACUCUAAGAUCUCAAAUAGCAGCUCUCGCCACCGCAAGUCAGUUAAUGGCUUUCCUGGGGCGUCAGUAUCUGGAGGCCAGAAAGAAAGUGCUGCAGUGAGAGGUACUUCAGUGCACAAGAAUUCUAUCCCUGAAAAGUUAUCUCAGUCUGCACAACUAGGUGAAAAAACUGUUGAAGUGCCAGUUGUGGAAGGAAGUAGUCACAAGUUGAUUGUUAAGAUACCAAAUAGGGGUCGCAGUCCUACACAGACAGUGAGUGCAGGUUCUUAUGAGGACCCAAACAUUAUGAAUAGCCAAGUUUCUUCUCCUGCACUUUACAUUAUAAAUAGCCAAGCUUCUUCUCCUGCACUUUCAGAGAAACAUGAUCAAUUUGAUCGAAGUGUAAAGGAAAAGAAUGAUGCAUGUCGAUCUAAUGCUGCUUCCGAUGUGAAUUCAGAAUCCUGGCAUAGUAAUGAUUUCAAAGAUAUAUUGACUGGUUCUGAUGAGGGUGAUGGAUCACCUGCAGCGCACCCUGAUGAAGGGCGCAGUAAGACUGUUGAUGAUGGGAAACCAAUGGAAGUCUCAAAGAUUACUUCUUCAACAUCUGGAACUGAAUUGAAGUCUGGCAAACUGCACGAAGCUUCUUUCAGCUCCAUGAAUGCGUUGGUUGAAAGUUGUGCAAAGUAUUCUGAAGCAAAUGCAUCAAUGUCAAUUGGUGAUGCUGUUGGCAUGAACCUGCUUGCCAGUGUGGCUACUGAAGAAAUGUCAAAAACUGAUAUGACUUCACCUUCUGCUUCACAAAGAAAUUCUCCUGCUGAUGAAGCUUGUAUGUCUGAUGAUUCUAGAUCUAAGUCACCACUUUUUGAUAGCUUUCCAAGUGAAUGUAACCAGAGAAAAGAUAAUCUUGAUGACAAUAAUGAGAAAAAGGUUGAAGUUGGUAGUUCAUGGACAGCAGAAAAGUUACAUCUGAAUAGAAGUGCUAUUUCUGAGACAUCUGGAGAUAUAAAACCCAAUGUGUCUACUGAAGCUAAUACAACUGGGGAAUGUGAUAAACAUAUUAGCUCACUCUGCAUUGAUUCAAAGGUAGCUGCAGGGUCUAGUUUGGAGAUGAAUGAGAGGACAGUUGAGAGAGACAAAUCAUCUUCAUCACCUUCAAGUGGAGUAAGUAAGGGAAAUGAUGGUGAACUUAACAAAAAAUCUCAGGAGAGAAGGGCAAUUCCUAGUGGUGGUGGUUCACUACAGGAAGAAGCUAAUGAUACCAAACUGUGUGAUAAUGAUACUUCAAUGACAGAGGACAAUCUGUGUAAAGCACCAACAUCCAUGGAUGACCAAAAGAGGUUGGGUGAAGGUUUGUCUUCAAAUUCAUCAUUUGAAGGUGACAGGAAAAGUAACGUCACUACCUGUGCAGGCGUGAAUCCUUGUGUGGCAACUAUGAACAGUGAAGUGAUGGAGAAACUUGAAAAGGAGGAGAUGUUACCUGCUUCCUCUAGUAGAGACCUGAUUGCACAUAAAGUAUGUGGGGCUGAAGACACAAAGAAUGAUAAUGUUAAUCAGUCUGAAAGGCAAAUAUCUGAUCAAGGUGGUGGUACUCCAGUUCCAGAUGCUAAAGCUUUAGGUAAUGCUGAUUCAGCUUUUACUGAUAAGAAGGAACACAAUGAGGGCAAUGUUGAAGCUCGGGACAUUCGGCUGCAAUAUUCUGGUGGGUCAUUAUCUCAAAAAGAGAUAGCUGGAAUUGCUAGCCUAGAAGUGGAGAAGCAUAUGGAUUCAAGGGAAUCCAAAUUUUGCAGUGCUUUACUUGACAAAACAAGUGAUCCUGUGCGCACCAUUGUGGAGACUUCUAGUGUGUCUGCUGCUUUAUCUCCAGAAACAUCAUCCAAAAUGAAAUUUGAUUUAAAUGAAGGUUUCAUUUCAGAUGAUGGGAAAUAUGGUGAGGUGGUUAGCACCACAACCCCUGGGUGUUCAUCUACUGUUCAUGUAAUGAAUCCAUUACCUUUUCCUGUUACGUCAAUGCCCAGUAGUGUUCCUGCCUCUAUUACUGUGGCUGCUGCUGCCAAAGGCCCUUUUGUUCCACCAGAAGAGUUAUUGAGAUUCAAAGGGGAAAUUGGAUGGAAAGGUUCUGCUGCCACAAGUGCAUUUCGACCUGCUGAACCCAGAAAAGUUCUUGAUAUGCCUCUGGGUUCUGUAGCCGUGUCUCAUUCUGAAGCUUCCAGCAGUAAACACAACCGCCCUCUUUUAGAUUUUGAUCUGAAUGUACCAGAUGAAAGAGUUUUUGAGGAGAUUCGAGAUUCUGCUGCUGUGCUAGGUUCCAUGUCUAACCAUACAAGCAAUUAUGGACUCAAAAAGGAAGCCUCAGAUUCUCCAUCUGUUCGUAGUUCUGGAGGGCUAGAUCUUGAUUUGAACAAGGUUGAUGAGCCUAAUGAUGUGGGUCAGUGCUCCGUAAGCAGUGUUCAUAGAUUUGAUGGACAAGUUGCGCCGAUCAAACCAUCACAGGGUGGAGCUUCUAGGGAGGUUAGGAGGGACUUUGAUUUGAACAAUGGGCCCGGUGUUGAUGAUGCCAGUAUGGAACAAUCUUUAUUCCUACAAAAUUUUUGGGGAAACAUCAAUUCCCACCCAGCUACAUCUAGCCUCAGAAUGAACAACCAAGACUUAGGGAGCUUUUCUUCUUGGGUUCCUCAAGGGAAUCCUUAUUCAACUGUGACACUUAUGCCUGACCGUGGAGAUCAAUCAUUUCCAAUCCUUGCACCUGGUACACAACGUAUCUUGGGUCAUGCUCCUGCCGGUACUCCUUUCCCUCCUGAUGUUUAUCGAGGUUCGGUGUUGUCAUCCUCCCCUGCAGUCCCUUUCCAAUCUAUGUUUCCCUUUGGUACAACUUUUCCCUUUGGCACAACUUUUCCUCUACCAUCAGCCACAUAUUCUGUUGGAUCUAACUCGUAUAUUGAAUCCGCAUCUGGUGGAAGGCCUUUUGCACCACUAGUCAAUUCACAGUUGUUGGGGCCUGUUAGUGCUGUUCCGUCACAAUUCUCUAGGCCUUAUAUGGUUGGCCAUCCAGAUGGUACUAGUAAUGGUGGUGCAGACAAUAGGAAAUGGGCCAGGCAAGGUUUGGACCUUAAUGCAGGUCCUGGAGCUGUAGAUAUUGAAGGAGGACAGGAAUCUGUUCCAUUGGCAUCUAGGCAACAUUCUGUUGUUGGCUCACAAGCACUAGCAGAGGAAAGUUCAAGGUUAUACCCAAUUCCUGGAGGUAGUAUUAUGAAGAGGAAGGAGCCUGAUGGAGGCUGGGAUAAUGAUAGCUUCAGGUACAAGCCGUCUUCAUGGCAAUAGAAUGCAAAACUGCUGCUGUCUUGCUGACUUCUGGAGUUGCAGCAAGAUGGACAUUUGCUAGCUCCUGGAAGCUGUAUCCUGCAGUUUAUCUCCAGUGGUGGGUGGGUAAGGUAAACGAGCAAAUCUGGUGCAUUCGCAUUCCCAUUCCCAUUCCCACCACUUGUGUAUCAGCCGGGGAGUAUGAAAGUGGUAUUUGAAGCACUUUGGUUGCCUAUCUUUUCUGGUGGGUGCAGAUCGGUUUUCCCUAUGUAGAUAUUUAACUGUUGGAAAGCUUUGAAUCUGUGAUGUGAUGGCCCAGCAGUGGAGAUUAGUGGCCAUAGUGGAAUAUAUCACACAACACACCAAAAAUAUGAUGCAUGCUUGAAAUCAGGUUGUUUCAGACAUAGUCUCAAGUGGAAGCCCUCUUGUAUGUAUGCACUUGGUAAUUAUCAUCUUAAGUUGAUCCUUCCUUGGCUUUUUUUCUUUUGCUUUAUUUUAUUUUAUUUUUUUCUUUUCUUUUGGGCCCAUUAUAUAUAAGCAGGGCAACACUGAAUUUUGUUACAAAAGCCUUCUUGGUGUUGGCUGGCAUGUUUAGUUUGGUAUUGUUGCCAUUGUAGCUUAAACCUCUAACUCUGGCUUUUCUCAUUCAUAGCCUCCCUCUUCAUAAAACUUUUAUUCAAGUACAAUGUUGACAGUAAGUAUUUCUUUCUUUCUUUCUUUCUUUUCUUUUCUAUUCUAUUCAUUGUACAAUGCCCUGAAAACUUGGGAAUGUCUACUCUUGAGGAAAUUUGGAGAAUGCUCUGCUCUUCUCCUC